CAACCGGGACAGGAAGGCUGGCCGUGCUCACCUUUCUCCCAGCCGGUGACCCCGGAGAUUUCUUUUAUGGUGGUUUUCUCUGAAAUGCCAAAGCCACCUGAUUAUUCAGAACUGAGUGACUCUUUAACGCUUGCCGUGGGAACAGGAAGAUUUUCGGGACCAUUGCACAGAGCAUGGAGAAUGAUGAACUUCCGUCAGCGGAUGGGAUGGAUUGGAGUGGGACUGUAUCUGUUAGCAAGUGCAGCAGCAUUUUACUAUGUUUUUGAAAUCAAUGAGACUUACAACAGGCUGGCCUUGGAACACAUUCAGCAGCACCCAGAGGAGCCCCUUGAAGGAACCACAUGGACACACUCCUUGAAAGCUCGGUUGCUCUCUCUGCCGUUUUGGUUUUGGACAGUUAUUUUUCUGAUACCUUACUUACAGAUGUUUUUGUUCCUUUAUUCUUGUACGAGAGCUGACCCCAAAACGGUGGGCUACUGUAUUAUCCCCAUAUGCUUGGCAGUUAUUUGCAAUCGCCACCAGGCCUUUGUCAAGGCUUCUAAUCAGAUCAGCAGACUACAACUGAUUGACACGUGAAAGCAGUCACGGUUUUCCCUUAUGAUUACCAAACUGCCAUAUGGAACCUGAUCACAAGACUGCAGUUUCACAGACCUCAGGAAGUUGCGGUGGGCAGAGGCUUUUUUAAAAAUGUGACUAGGGGGCUAUCUUUAUCUGAAUAAUAAUGAAUUUUUAGGUAAAGCCUGAGAUACAGUACUACAAAAUCAUGUUGAUGAUUUCAGAUUUUGGAAGUAAAAUUGUGUCUGUUGUUUGCAUUCUUUAGCAACUUGAAUAAGUACCUGAACUCAUAUUUUUAUUCUGUGCAACAUAGUGAUGGUUAAGAAAUUCUUCCUUUGGGGAAGAAAUGAGUAUGAACAUUUUCAUUGUGUUUAAUGUCAAAAGGUCCAAACAUGGUCAUAAAAUUUAAAUUUUAUACAGUUA